AUGAUUGCAAUUACCAAUCGUGAUUUUUGUAGUCAUUCUUCAAGCCCUGAAUCGGGAUUGCAAGUCCUGGGGCUUACGAGAAAUCGAGGUGGUCUCUUGGCCUUCGAUGGAAUUGGCGAUGGUGGAAGUCAAAGGGGCAGAGAGUGUGAAGGCUCACCAGCGACGACAUCAAUAGGGCGACAGGAAGGGAAGAAAGGCUCGCAUCGAAGGUGUGCUGUCCGAUAUUCAGGAUGUUGUGUCCAAUUGCGAUCGUCUCCGGGGUUCGAAGAGGUUGAAGAGACAGAGGGAAGAGGGGAAGGAAGGGCGUCGAUUCUCCGACGACCCUUGUGGCUUAAUCGUCGUCAUCAGCAACGCAUAAAUGGGGGAAGGAGCAAACAACAAAAAAUCGACAUUUGGGGUGAAAUCAGGAAGCAUCAUCGUUCGAUGUGGAUGGUUCAUCUGUCGAGCAAGGGAAAAGGAAAACGGAAGUAG